UGGGACGGAGGGAGUAAUUUACAUAGUAACAUUUCCCAAGCAAUAUAUUUUCUAGUUGAUCUCUCUCACAUAAUUCAUAAAUCAAAAGAUUCGAAACUGAAAAUUUUCAUUUCUGUUACAUGGGAUCAUUUGUUUUAUCAUGUUCACAGAUAUUGUAGUUUGAAGAUGAUGAGGAAGAAAAGGAGGGUCACUGAAAUUUCUAUAAUGUGUGCAUGCAUGUGUCUAGGAUAGGAGGUUUUCGAUGAUGAGAAUGAAACAGAAGGAAGAUUUAAGGCCCGGAAUCGUGAAAUUCGGGGUAGCUGCAGCUCUCUCGCUUGGGGGAAUUCUCUAUUACUUUCUUCGAGACAAAAGGGUUAGCCCCCUUGAUUAUUCCUCACCCUAUCCUUCAGAUGAUGGCGAUGCGACCUGGUCAGAAGGGGAAGGAGAUGAGCUGGUGCAGGAGGACUUGUGUCUCUAUAAAGAUAAUUUAACGAGUGAUUGCUCUCCAGGUGGUAGAUGUAUUCGGGUUAAAGAUGGGUUUCUCUCGCCAGACUUCGAUGAGCCUGUAAAUGAAUUUGAUCUGGCUUCCAUGAAAGAUUCUAAUUCUCCUACAAGAUAUGCAGAGACAAUUGGAUCAGAUACAGAAACACAAACAGUGUGUAAUGUGGUCAAAAUGGAUAACUAUGAACAAGAGAUUGUGUGUCUGAGAAAUAUGGUAAAAAAUCUUAAAGAGAGGGAAAGAGAUCUUGAAUUACAAUUACUCGAGUAUUAUGGUCUUAAAGAACAAGAAUCUUCGGUAAUGGAGCUCCAAAACCGGUUAAAAGUAAAUAGCAUGGAGACCAAGCUUUAUACUCUCAAGAUUGAAACAUUGCAAGCUGAUAAUAAGAGAUUAGAGGCACAAGUAACGGAUCAUGCAAGAGUUGUUGCUGAUCUUGAAGUUGCAAGAUCAAAAUUGAAGAAGCUAAAAAGAGAACUUAAGUUGGAAUCUGAGCAUAACAAGAAACAAAUCUUAUCCCUUCAACAAAAUAUUCAGCCAAAGGUCACAAAGAUAAAGCGUCUGGAGGAAGAGGUAGAGGAGUUGAGGAAGUCUAAUUGUAGUUUGCAGCAAGAAAAUUCUGAUUUGGGUCGUCGCUUGGACUAUGCUCAAAUCCUUGCAAAUUCGGUUCUUGAAAAUGAUGAGCCAGAAGCGCUAAGGGAGGAAAAUAACAAACUAAAGAAACAGAACGAAGAUUUAGCCAAGGAAAUAGAACAAAUCCACGAAAAUCAAUGCAAUGAUGUUGAAGAACUAGUUUAUCUGCGAUGGAUAAAUGCUUGCUUAAGACAUGAACUCAGGAACUAUCAGCCUGCUAUUGGUGAAACAGUUGCUAGGGACCUGAGUAAAUCUUUAAGCCCGAAAUCUGAAGAGAAAGCUAAGCAGCUAAUACUGAAAUAUGCCAAUAAAGAAGACCUUUCCAGAAGAGGAACACAUGAAGCAGAUUUAUAUAUGGAUCAAUCAACACCUUGUCAAGCUUCUGUUCUUACAGAUUCUGAUGAUAGUACUCAUGAUCGUAUGAUUGCCAGCAAAUCAAGCAAGAAACACGUUUUUGGUAAACUUCUCAAGCUAAUAAGAGGACAUAGCCAAUUAUCAUCUCAGGAAGACAUCCAAACUGAAGAAAAUGUUCCUGGAAGGAAUUCUUCGGUUUCUAGUUCAGGAGUUUCUACACCCUCCGAUUUUCAAAGUUACACAAGAGCCUCUUCUCUUAGUUCAUCCAAGCCUUCUUUAGAGAGUACAUCAAGACAUACUUCGGAGAUAUCUUCAUUGCCCUCUUUGGAUCAUCUUAAAUUACCAUAUAUGCAAAGAUCAAAGGCUGAAAAAACAAAUGCAGGGUCCCCUGUAACUUACACAAAAACUGGUUCAAACUCGGAAGAUGUGUCUGAAGCUCAAAGCCAAUAUCAACUUAAUCAAGAACUAGAAAAUCAGAAAAUUGACUUGUUCAAAUAUGCUCAAGUUCUAAAAAGAAAAUAGUCGUGUCAAGAUGCUGAAGCUACAAGACAGACGUGGUGAAAUACCAGAGUUUUAAAGCAGCCCUGUCAGAACAUCACAGUUUCUCAAGGGAAGGAGUCCGGCAUCACUUGAUUAGUAAGCUACUUGAUUAGUCAUUUUUUUGCAUCCAUUUAAUAAAGUUCUGAAGAAUCCAUAAUCUGGUUACCUUUUUUGAAGUGUGGGAGUGGACAACAUGCUGGUGCCAAAAUGGCAUCAUCUUGUAAAAAAAUGACCCAGAAUACCUUAGAAAUACAAGA